AUGGUGAAAGAAAAGAAAAAAGCAGACAAAAAAGUGGAUAAGUCUGCCCGCUCUCCCUCAUCUCUCUCUGAUAAUCCGGAGGUUUCCAAACCAGAUGACAAUUCUGCUAGACAAGAAAUGUCCCCAAGUACUGUCCCGCUGUCAGAAGCGCAGCUCCCCGAACCGGGAUCCAAACGGGAGUCCAGAAAUUGUCCUCGACAAAACAAAGACGCCACUCACUAUGAGGAGCCCAUUCUCACCGAUCUCAUCGUUGAAAGCUAUGAAGGGGGAAAAGCCCGCGGACUGUAUGAGGGGGAAGGCUUUGCCGUCUUCCAAGGAGGUGGCACCUACCGUGGUAUGUUUUCAGAAGGACUCAUGCACGGACCAGGGACUUACGUCUGGGCUGAUGGACUGAAAUAUGAGGGGGACUUUGUAAAGAACAUCCCCAUGAACCUCGGUGUGUACACGUGGCCGGAUGGCAACACCUACCAAGGAGAAGUGAUCGACGGCAUGAGGAACGGAUUUGGUGUGUUCAAGUGCAGCUCGCAGCCCGUGUCCUACAUCGGCCACUGGUGCCAGGGCAAGAGACACGGGACGGGCUGCAUUUAUUACAAUGAAGAGGGCACCUCUGCGUAUGAGGGGAACUGGGUCCACAACGUGAAGAAGGGCUGGGGGGUCAGACGUUAUAAAUCUGGAAAUGUGUACGAAGGUCGGUGGGAAAACAACAUGCGCCACGGGGAAGGCAUGAUGAGGUGGCUGACAACUAACGAAGAGUACAGCGGCCAGUGGGACAGGGGCGUCCAGAAUGGUUUAGGAACACACACGUGGUUUCUAAAGAGAGCCCCCAACUCCCAGUAUCCUCUGAGAAAUGAGUACAGAGGGAACUUUGUGAACGGGUACCGGCACGGCUACGGGACCUUUUACUAUGCCAGUGGAGCCGUAUACGAGGGCGAAUGGGUUUUCAAUAAAAAACACGGCAUGGGCCGACUAACUCUCAAGAACGGGCGUGUGUAUACCGGCCCGUUUUGCAACGACCACAUAGCGAAGCUCCCAGGCCUUGAGGGUGAAUUGAUCAAGGACCCAGACCCGUCUGCAGACCCUGCCCUCGGGUGCCAGUUCCGAGGGUCUUCCAGCACUGAAAUUAUCAGGAAGCUCGACGGCAGUGAAAGUAGUCCAGUGUUGGGCACAAGCGUUGAGCUGGACCUGCGUUUGUUGCUAAGUAUGUACCCUGAGAAAGACCAACCAGAGGAACAGAAGCAGGUAGAAUAUGCCAUCUUAAGAAACAUUACGGAGUUAAGAAGAAUCUAUAGCUUCUACAGCAGCCUAGGAUGCGACUGCUCCCUGGAUGACACCUUUCUGAUGACAAAGCUUCACUUCUGGAGGUUUCUGAAGGACUGCAAAUUACAUCACCACAAAAUAACUCUUGCGGAUAUGGACAGGGUAUUAGGUGAUAAUAAUGACAUUCCAGCUGAAGAAAUUCAUUCUCCAUUUACAAAAAUACUUUUGAGGACAUUUCUGAGUUACCUCCUGCAGCUGGCCUAUCACAUUCACCACAAAGAAUUCCAGAAUAGAAGCCCCUCGCUGUUUUUGUGUUUUACAAAGCUGAUGGCUGAGAACAUUCACCCCAAUGCCUGCUGUGUAAAAGGCCAUUUGUUCAGUGAGCAGCAGCAGACGCUGUACUCGAUGAAUUACGUCGACAUGACCUGGGAGGUUUACAGGGCGCACUGCCGGCCGAGCGCAGUGCCACCGCAUGAGCUCACCAUGAAGGUGAGGCACUUCCUCUGGAUGCUCGAGGACUUUAAAAUGAUCAAUAAAGAGUUAACAGCAACCAAAUUUGUGGAGGUCAUAGCAGAGGACAAUCCUUUCAUGAACGACGGAAUUGACAGCAACUUUGAACUUGAGCUGGUUUUCCUGGAAUUCUUUGAAGCUCUCUUAAGCUUUGCAUUCAUCUAUGUUACUGACCAAAUGGCUAGAUCCUAUUUAAGUUUUCAAAACAAUUACUUCACUGGAGAGGAACUUGGAAGCACUUAUAUGGCAACAAAUAAGAACAGGAGUCCGAGUCCAGAGAUGAGCCAGGACCCCGCCGGGCGCUGCAGCGGCGCCAGGUCGUCGUCGGGCAAGUUAGGCCUCUGGUGCAACUUCAGCGAAAUCGAGACAACAGAGCCCAAGUUCCAGAAGUCUCUAAGUGAUGACAGAAUUUCCAAAAUGAAUUUUAUAUCUCCAGGAGAAGGGCUAACCCUUUAUUUACCUCAAAAUGGUGAGUAUCAGGAAAACCCCGAGGAUGACCAGGACGCGAAGCUCCGCCUGUGGCUCAGCCGCGUGUGUUUCUUCUUUGUGAACGUCCUCUUCCCGGCACACAGGUGCCAAGGGGUUCUCAAGAAGAAAGUGAAGGAAAACAGGUCGCAGCUUGCGGCCAUUGCCAAGAAGAAAGAGCUGGAGGACGACGAGCUGGAAGCUAGGCUGAAUAGCUUGAGAGAGGAAGAGGCCAAAAGGCAGGACUAUGAGGUCCACAUCACCGUCAUCAAGGAGCCGGUGGAAGCCUCUUCCUUGCACUUGGCGCCCAGUCCCCCUAAGGAGGACAUGGUGGUCCAACCCAAACCCGUCCUCAGUAGGAAAAAGAAAAAAUAG